AUGGCCCCCGCUGUCGGUAUCGAUUUGGGUACCACCUACUCCUGUGUGGGUGUGUUCCGUGAUGACCGCAUUGAAAUCAUUGCCAACGACCAGGGUAACCGCACCACUCCCUCCUUCGUUGCCUUCACCGACACCGAGCGUCUCAUCGGUGAUGCCGCCAAGAACCAAGUUGCUAUGAACCCCCACAACACCGUUUUCGAUGCCAAGCGUCUCAUCGGUCGUCGUUUUGCCGACGCCGAGGUUCAGGCUGAUAUGAAGCACUGGCCCUUCAAGAUCGUCGAGAAGGCCACCAAGCCCGUCAUUGAGAUCGAGUUCAAGGGUGAGGCCAAGCAGUUCACCCCCGAGGAGGUCUCCUCCAUGAUCCUCACCAAGAUGCGUGAGACCGCUGAGGCUUACCUCGGUGGUACCGUUAACAACGCUGUCAUCACUGUCCCUGCCUACUUCAACGACUCUCAGCGUCAGGCCACUAAGGACGCCGGUCUCAUUGCCGGUCUUAACGUCCUCCGUAUCAUCAACGAGCCCACCGCUGCUGCCAUUGCCUACGGUCUUGACAAGAAGCAGGAGGGUGAGCGCAACGUCCUCAUCUUCGAUCUUGGCGGUGGUACCUUCGAUGUGUCUCUCCUGACCAUUGAGGAGGGUAUUUUCGAGGUCAAGUCCACUGCUGGUGACACUCACCUUGGUGGUGAGGACUUCGACAACCGUCUCGUCAACCACUUCGUCAACGAGUUCAAGCGCAAGCACAAGAAGGACCUGACCACCAACGCCCGUGCUCUCCGUCGUCUCCGCACUGCUUGCGAGCGUGCCAAGCGUACCCUCUCUUCCGCUGCCCAGACCUCCAUCGAGAUCGACUCUCUCUUCGAGGGUAUUGACUUCUACACCUCCAUCACCCGUGCCCGCUUCGAGGAGCUGUGCCAGGACCUCUUCCGCUCCACCAUGGAGCCCGUUGAGCGUGUCAUCCGUGACGCCAAGAUCGACAAGUCCUCCGUCCACGAGAUCGUUCUCGUCGGUGGUUCCACUCGUAUCCCCAAGAUCCAGAAGCUUGUCUCCGACUUCUUCAACAAGGAACCCAACAAGUCCAUCAACCCCGAUGAGGCCGUUGCCUACGGUGCCGCCGUCCAGGCCGCUAUUCUGUCUGGUGACACUUCCUCCAAGUCCACCAACGAGAUCCUGCUGCUCGAUGUUGCCCCUCUGUCCCUCGGUAUUGAGACCGCUGGUGGUGUCAUGACCGCCCUGAUUAAGCGCAACACCACCAUCCCCACCAAGAAGUCCGAGACCUUCUCCACCUACUCCGACAACCAGCCCGGUGUCCUGAUCCAGGUCUUCGAGGGUGAGCGUGCUCGCACCAAGGACAACAACCUGCUCGGCAAGUUCGAGCUGACUGGUAUCCCCCCUGCUCCCCGUGGUGUUCCCCAGAUUGAGGUCACCUUUGACCUUGACGCCAACGGAAUCAUGAACGUCUCCGCUGUUGAGAAGGGUACCGGCAAGUCUCACCAGAUCACCAUCACCAACGACAAAGGUCGUCUGUCCAAGGAGGAGAUCGAGCGCAUGCUCUCUGAGGCCGAGAAGUACAAGGCCGAGGAUGAGGCCGAGGCUGGACGUAUCCAGGCCAAGAACGGUCUUGAGUCCUACGCCUACUCCCUCAAGAACACCCUGUCCGAGGGCAAGCUCCAGAUCUCUGAGGAGGACAAGAAGACCGUCGAGGACAAGAUCUCCGAGGUCAUCAGCUGGCUCGACAGCAACCAGACUGCUGAGAAGGACGAGUACGAGUCCCAGCAGAAGGAGCUUGAGGGCGUUGCCAACCCCAUCAUCUCCGCUGCCUACGGUGGUGCUGCCGGUGCCCCCGGUGCCGGUGGUGCCCGCCAGCCCGAUGAUGUUGAGGAGAAGCCCGAGGAGCUUGACUAA